GAUUCCUCUGCUACUUUGAAAAGAUAUGGUUAUGGAGCAUCUCACUUUCAGCUCUAAAUGCAAAAAAUUAAAAUAAAUAAAAAUUCCCAGAACCCAAACCCUCCUAUUCAGCAUCCAAAGUCGAGAGCUUUUUCUUGGAUUUCUUCUUCCCAAUCUGUUCCGGUAUGCAUCUGCUUCUCUUUUGCCAUUCAAUUUGCAGUUCUUUUUCUAUGCUGCUAAGGUAAACCCACAGAUUCGGUUGUUGUCUGAGAACAUCUGAGAGAUCCGACAGGGAAAAGUCGAAAUCUUGGGGUUUUUUUUGUCAGACUAUGUUAAAAAUGAGGGAUUUUCCUUCUUGUUUCGGAGAAAACGGGGUACAAGUUGCCGACACUUCUUGUUCGAGUGUUUCUGGGGUUAGUAAAACCCCACAGAAUUUGGUCACUUGUGUUUAUCAGUGUAAGAUUUUUCAGAAAAUUUGUCUUGUGACCAUAUCUUGGAGCAAGAAUUUGAUGGGUCAAUGCCUUAGUGUGGAGAUAGAUGAUUUGUCUCAACGUUGCCUUUGUAAAGUUGAUAUUAAGCCUUCUUUGUUUUCCAAGAGGAAAGGGUCAAAGUCCCUAGAAGUGAAUUCAUCUGGGAUUGAUCUCUAUUGGGAUCUCUCUGCUGCAAAAUUCGGAUCCGGGCCCGAACCAUUAGAAGGGUAUUAUGUAGCUUUAGUUUGUGAUAGGGAUAUGGCUUUGGUCAUUGGGGAUCUGAGGAAAGAAGCAUUCAAGAAGACUAAUGCAAACCCCUCCACUACUCCCAACUCCUUGUUUGUUUCAAAGAAAGAACAUGUUUUUGGGAAGAGGGUGUUUGGGACAAAGGUUCAAUUUUGUGAUGGCGGUCCGGUUCAUGACCUCGUGAUCGAGUGUGAUGCGAACCGGGUUGAUGACCGGUGCCUUCACAUCCGUGUCGACAGUAAGACCGUGAUCCAAGUUAGGCACUUGCUUUGGAAGUUUAGGGGGAACUAUACCAUUUUGGUGGAUGGGCUUACAGUGGAAGUUUUCUGGGAUGUCCACAAUUGGCUGUUUGGCACUACCAACUUGGGGAGUGCAGUCUUCACAUUCCAAACAAGUUUGUCUUCAGAGAAGUUGUGGAAAAGCCAGUCCUUACUGGAUCACGCCGUGCUGCCUUGGCCUUACUCAGAGAGCUUCAGCAGUUCCAAGUCUCCUGCUAUCGGUUUCUCCUUCGUUUUAUAUGCUUGGAAGAAUGAUUAAUGGUUUUUAUCAUCUUCGACAGUCAUUAGUUUUUCUUACGUGGCUUGUUAAUUGUCCUGGAUCAAAGUAAUUUGACUGAAAACCUUUUGUGGGUUUUUGAAGCUGAUUAUACUUUACCAUAGUGAUUGAGCAAUUUGUUUGAAUGAGCUUGUUUGCCCAAGUAUUAGAGUGUCCAUCAGUCUUCCUUGAUCAGCUUGUGAGGUUGAAGUUUAACAAAAAUGAAACUUUUGUUAAAAGAAAGAUUGUUAAGUUUUACACUAAACGUUAGUAUUGCUUUACAGUUGUUGAAGAUCUAUGGUGUUCAAAGUCCAAAGAUCAUCAGGAUCUUGGCGAGAUUCUACUGAGUUUGUUGUUUUUGUCGUCGUCGUCUAAUCCCAUCUUCUCCUUGGGUCAUUUUGGAUGAAGGU